CACCAACACCACCUCUGUACCGCACUUAAAUAUGCGCCAUAUCUCUCAUCAUCGCUCAUCACCUCUUCUUUAAAACUUCCUCUAUCUCUUUCAACUUCCCCAACUAGUAUUCUUCAACUUUCUCGUUGGAAAAUGCCACUAUACUUAGCGGGAGGAGCUGCUCUCACUGCCCUGCUAUGUCUCACGGCUUCUCUCUUUGCAUUCGUUGCGGCUGAAGAUCCCUACAGGUUCUUCAACUGGAAUGUCACUUACGGUGACAUAUACCCGCUCGGCGUCCGCCAGCAGGGAAUUCUCAUCAAUGGCCAAUUCCCUGGCCCGGAUAUUCACUCCGUUACCAAUGACAACCUCAUCAUCAACGUGUUUAACAGUUUGGAUGAGCCCUUCCUCCUUUCCUGGAAUGGAAUUCAAAAUAGGAGGAACUCGUUUGUGGAUGGUGUAUAUGGAACAACAUGCCCAAUACCCCCUGGGAAGAACUUCACAUACAUGCUCCAAGUGAAGGAUCAGAUUGGGAGCUUUUACUACUUCCCUUCUCUUCAAUUCCACAAGGCUGCUGGUGGUUUUGGAGGCAUCAGGAUCCUUAGCAGGCCAAGAAUUCCUGUCCCCUUCCCAGAUCCCGCUGGUGAUUACACUGUUCUCAUUGGAGAUUGGUACAAGGCCAAUCACACGAAUUUGAAGGCUAUUCUAGAUCGCGGUAAGAAGCUGCCUUUUCCCGAUGGAAUUCUUAUCAACGGCCGUGGGCCUGGUGGUGCCUAUUUCAAUGUGGAACAAGGAAAAACCUACAGGCUUAGAAUAUCAAAUGUCGGGUUGCAAAAUUCCCUCAACUUUCGCAUUCAAGGCCACACGUUGAAGUUGGUGGAAGUAGAAGGAACUCACACCCUUCAGACUACUUUCUCCUCGCUUGACGUUCAUGCUGGCCAAUCUUACUCCGUUCUAGUUACAGCGGAUCAGCCUGCACAAGAGUAUUAUGUUGUGGUUUCCACUCGUUUCACCUCUCCGAUCCUCACCACCACAGGUGUUCUUCAUUACAGUAACUCUGCCGGCCAAGUCUCAGGCCCACCCCCUGGUGGUCCUACCAUCCAGAUUGACUGGUCUCUGAACCAAGCUCGCUCUAUCAGGACUAAUCUUACUGCAAGUGGACCAAGGCCGAACCCCCAAGGCUCAUAUCACUAUGGCCUCAUUAACACAACCAGAACUAUCAGGCUACAAAAUUCAGCUGGUCAGGUCAACGGCAAGCAAAGAUACGCAGUUAACAGUGUAUCAUUUAUCCCAGCAGACACCCCCCUAAAGCUUGCCGAUUACUUCCAAAUUGGAGGAGUUUAUCGCCCUGGGAGUAUAGCUAACAACCCUUACGGUGGUGGAAUCUACAUUGACACAUCGGUGAUGAAUACUGACUACAGAGCAUUCAUUGAGAUCGUGUUCGAAAACCCUGAGGAUUUGAUUCAGAGCUGGCACCUCGAUGGCUACUCUUUCUGGGUCGUUGGCAUGGAUGGAGGGCAGUGGACUACAGCUAGUAGAAAUCAGUACAAUCUCCGAGAUGCAGUUGCACGUUGCACCACUCAGGUGUAUCCCAAGUCAUGGACUGCUAUAUACUUGGCGCUGGAUAAUGUAGGAAUGUGGAACUUGAGAUCUGAGUUCUGGGCGCGACAAUAUCUUGGACAACAAUUUUAUUUGCGGGUUUAUACAACAUCAACUUCACUUAGGGAUGAAUACCCCAUUCCAAAAAAUGCACUACUUUGUGGUAGGGCUCAGGGCCGACACACACGACCCUUCUGAGGUUGCUAGCAAUAAAAGGAUCCCACGAGGCUUGUCUAGUGUCUACCUUAGUUGGAGUAAGAGUACGGUGUUGCUUCUAAUACUAUUAUUAUUAUUAUUGGGUUAUUAUAUUUAAUGUGAUAAUGCAAAAGUGUAAUUAGGACUCUAAAUGACCUUAGCUCAAGGUCACAUUCUUUCCUAGAACUACCGUAUCUCCUUUGUUGUCAUUCAAGUUUUCAUACCAACAUUAUAAUUAUAUUAAGUGAGGUGAUUCUCUUGUUGCCUUUCUAGUUUU